AUGGUCAGUAUUGAGGCAAACAUUCACGAAACAAAGAUCAUUUUUGAGGGUCUUUGGAAGACAUGUGUGGUUCAGGGUAUGGAUCAGAUGCAAUGUAAGGACAAUGACUUUGAUCACCUGCCACCCUACCUAAAAGCUGCCUGCGUACUUCUCGUCAUUUCAGUCAUCGUUUCAGUGUUUGGAGUGAUCCUGGGAAUCACCGGUGGGAAGUGCUCAAAAUGCGUGAGAGAGAAGAAAAUCAAAUCAAAAAUCGCUAUGGCUGGUGGCAUGACCCUCAUCUCUGCUGGAAUACUGUGCCUUGUGCCGCUUUGCUGGACCGCUGUCAGCAUCUUCUUUGAGUCUAACCCAAUCUUUAAAAACAAGCAAUGGGACAUGGGGCUCACAGUCUUAAUUGGCUUUUGCACCUCUGCGCUGCUGCUUCUUGGGGGAGCUGUGCUCUCCUGUGGCUCUUGCCCACCUAAGGAAAUUAUCACGGAAAUCAAGUACAUACAGCCGAGCUAUACAAUCAUUAACGUGACAUACAUUUAA